AUGCGAGGGACAAGUACGAACACAACUGCUGGGUUGGGCGCCGUUCAUGACCUGCCCGUCCUGUCAGAACCAGACCUCUCCGUCUCAACAGCACCGGCAUUUAGUGCUGGAUCCGCGGAUGAUGCCGGAUCAUCAAUAUCGUCGGAGAAAAGCGACUCGAAACCACCCAGAAGCGCAAUGCGACGAUCGUCUAGUAUUCCCAAACUUCCACAGAGCCCGCGUCGAGUACGGUUUGAUUUCAUGGGCGAAGAGGUGCUCCCAACAACAUCUCCUCAGCCUAGUGCAUUCAUUUCUGCACGCAUUUCUUCACCCGACCCUAUGGGCGAUGGAGCAAAUUGCACUUCUCGUCUUGCCACAGAGCCUGGAGAGGAGGAGGAUGAGGAGGAGGGAGAGCAAGCACCUCGUAAAGUCUCGUCAUCUGACGCACUGCGGUUUCUGUCCAGGGCUCCCUUGGAGGAGGAUGGAACUGUUUGGACAGUAGUCAAUUCAGACCCGGACGAAGCUGUGCCGGAUCAGCCGCAUUCCUUGCCAGAGAGCCAGGCUGUCGACACUGCCCCAAGUAUGCCAACCACUAUGAUGACCACACCGGACACGAAUGUCUUGGGACCAACACGGACUGCCACAACACCUGAGCCCAGCCAUAAACAUACUUUCGUCGGCGAUAUCAAACGCGCGUCAUCCAAUUCUGAAGAAGAUUCGUCAGACGACGACUUUCUUGCAAUGGCUAAGCUCAAAUCACCUGUGUCAUCAGUCUCCCGGGCUCAAGCAUUGCUAUCUCCUACAAAGUCGAGCCAGGAAGGUACUUCGGUACAGCUAGGCGACCAGAGCGGAGUGUCGCCAAAGGCCAAGAAAUCAGCUGCCAAUAACGCCCGCGGCGAAGCUACACAUGGAGUGUCGGCGACAAAAGAGGAUGAGAACGAGGUGUUUCAUUUUGAAGAAGAAGGCUUACAAUUACCUGAGCGGCCGCGUCAAACCCGAAAUCUGGCCGCGCACAUUGAUCCCGACGACGGGCAAUCCGACGACCAUGAUGAAGAGUCAAGUGGCACCCCCACUCCUCAACCGCUGAGUCUGUAUGCCACAUCGCCGGCAGUUCCAAUUACAAGGCCAGUAAAUCGAGACCGAGAGCAAGAUCCUACGACACCUUCAAGGAUGAAGUUUGAACCCAAUACUGUCGGUUCCUACAAGGGCAGGCCUUUAACGAUUCCCAUCCUGCGAAACCCCGAGAUACUGUCCCAGCUGGAAUCUGCUCAACCUGUCAAUGAAGUUGUAGGUAGCGUUCAUCACCGUGGCCCUGCGGAUGCAUUCAAUCCAGCCAGUUUCCCAGAAGGCGCCGAACAAGCUAUGGCCUUCAGCUCUCCAAGAAGCUUCAGUGAGCGGCUCCUGAUUGAAGACAUGAUGGAGGCAGCAAAAGCUAGAUCUCUAGGUUCCGGUGCUGGGCCGACAGACCAUGGGCAGUAA